GGAUGGCAUGGUUGAGGCAUGUUUCGAAGCUUUCGAUAACCGUUUUAAGUCGAAUCUUCGGGUUCGUGCGUACAUGGCGCACGCACAGUUGACCGUUUUUGCUAAAAUGUUUGGCAAGAAUGAGGUAUAUUAUUGGUGCUUUUCAUAAGUUUGUCAUUUAAUCUGCUCUUUCGAGAUAGAUGUUUUAUCUCUCGGUUGCAGGCUGUUAUCUAAAUGCCUGGUGUACUAGCCAGACUUCAGGAACUCCUCAAUGUUCAGCCCGAAAGGCGUGGAGACAACCUACGGUGCUUCUUCGACACCUUUAACCAACAAGACCCACCUACCCCGGUUUCGGCCCGUAACUACGACCACGCCCGGUUACUGAUAUCAAUGGUGUGGUACGUAAGCUUCAUGACCGUAAUGGGCAAUUGUUUAAUGUCGCUCCGAACAGCGAUGCUAGACAUUCCCCCAAGUGGUUUUCGGCCCGUUCUGGAUGGUUUUUCUAAAACCGAUGAUGACGUGGAUAGGACUGAAGACUCUGCUCGACAACAUUGGUGGAGAUGUUCCUGAGCCUGUAUGACUUGUUCGGCCCGUAUUGCUCCUGUAAUUAGUUGCAGUCCGGCCCGUUGCCAGCCAUUGCCGAUGACAAAGCAGAUAUGAUGAUAGACUAUAUGAUGAUUAGCGUAUCUCUUAAUUUAAGUUCGUGCCGAGGUUUUGCGGGGAGGGGAUGUUAUGGGACGAUGUCCCAGAAGCGUCACUCGCCAUGAAAACCUUCGGCCCGUCUUGUGUGUUGUGACCAUUGCUCCAUUUGUGUAGUACGCUAAGCUGUGUAGCUAGCACGCUAGAGUGUUGCAAGAUCACUACUCAUAAGUGAGUGUGGAAUUGUCCGUAAGCAUUUACGGUUCUAUCGUAUCUACUGUGCACUGGAAGUGUACUCU